UCUACUCCAUCCGCUGCUGCCGCCAGCCUCACCUCCCACGAAGAAGCUCAGGCGCGCUACACUGCUCUGAAGGCUCAAAUACAAGAGACUCUGCGGAAGAAGCGCAACAUCGAUCGCACCCUCUCCGAUCUCGAAUCUCAGAUCUGGCUCUUUGAAGGGUCGUACUUCACCAGCACGGCCGCCUCGGGAGGUAACAUCGUAAAGGGCUUCGAGAACUACCUCAAGGGUGGACCUGCUGGCGCAAGUAGCGGAGCAUCGGCCGAUGCUGUGGCCAACGAGGACAGGGUCUUCAGCGCUAGUUCGCUCACUUACCAGAGGAGCCUUGAGCUCAAG